AUGACCCUUCCCCGUUCCCCUCGUGACAUGGCGGCCAUCCAACCGCACCUUUUACUCGGCGGCACGCGGCGCCAUGAAAAAAGAACAAAGGGAAGGAUUCACCAAACCCCCAUGAUAAAGGCAAAUUCCGCUAUGGUGAUGUUAAGGGGUUCCGCUACUGCCAUGUGGUGGAGCGAAAGGGAAAUGCAGAAAAGGAAAAGCAAGUUCAAUAAGAACACACUCCCCCAUAAGAACAUUUCGCCGCAUAGGUAUUUUGGUUUGUUAGCGCCCCACCGCCCGACCCACCACAACAAUGUGUGA